CCGACCAGAGGUGACGAGCAUGCCAGUUGUUGUCCUGGCCGCUGCUUUUCUGUCCCUGUCGCGCCUCUGAGGUGGUCCUGGUCGCUCUCUACUACCGAACAAUAACACAAUCGAUUGUUUUCAUCACGAUAUACGAGAAUAUAUUAUACUACGCUACUCUCCUGUCAAUGGCUACCUCGACUUUUGGUGUAGGGUGGUGUCGACCCAUCACGCUGUUGUUGUUACUAUGGACAACGUUCCUGCAUUUGACCUCCGCUCAACUAUGCACCUUUUGGGAUGGGGGCUGUGUUGAUCCCCUAGCCCAGACGGCCAUCUCGCUCGACUUGCCGCCACUCUUCCUCGAGGAUGUCAACCUAUAUUACGCCUACGAUGCUGAUCCCCAGGGUAAAGGUCAUGGUCCGAUGACCAAGGUUAGUUAUUGGCUGCGGUACGGUCGGGAGAUCAACAGUUCGGCCAUCACCACCAACCGCACAUCCGAACUAAGUCUUCGUGUCGGUAACUUGACGGGCACGCCUUCUGGAAACAACAACGGAUGUGAUGGUAUUUGGGGUCCUCGUUGUUCGAGGGAUCUGAAGAAUUUGUUGAGUGGUGCUGUAUAUGAGCUGGCGACCGAGGGCGAAUACAAUUCGAAUCCUUUGCAGACGGUGCUUAACCAAAUGCACUCAACUCCGCCUUUGUUGGAAAACUGUCCGCCUCAGUUCUUUGAUGUUCAGUCGGCUCCGGUAAUUCGAUUCGCUCAAGAAUCGAAGCCUGAACGUACCGCUACCAUCCAAACAGCUGGGUCCAACACCAGUCCGUGGAAAACAUGGUAUAUCGACCGUAUGAGUGCCCGUCAGCAGGCCGAACAGGUUGCCGUCGCCAUCUUCAGUCGCAGUCCAUCCGAUGACAGCCCACCACCCUCCAGUAAAGACGAUAUACAAAUUGAACUGGCUUGUCUUCAAGCCCCAUCCGGAAAUACAUUCAACGAAGAUCCAGACUCUUAACCGACUUAAUUCCAUCUUUCCAUCGAAUGAAUCUAUCGAAAUCGCUAUAUCGCGACGCGAGCAGCUUCUGCACCUUGGACCUUGUUACCAAGCAUAG